GAAGAAAGAAAAUAACAAGACAGAAUGAAAAGCUGAAAAGAAGAAAACAAGAUCCACCUCGAACCUCUCUCCAAUUUCAUCACAAAAAUUCAAAAUUGAUUAGGAAGAAGAAGAAGAAGAAGAAAGAAAGAAUGAGAGAAGAAGAAUCAAACUGGUUCGAAGAGUUACCUUCACCGGAGGAACUCAUGCCGUUAUCCCAAACCCUAAUAAGCCCUCAUCUUGCCGUAGCUUUUGACAUAACCAACUCUUCCCACCACCAAUUUCCACUUCAGCCACCUUCCGCCGCCGAGGACGAACCGGCGCGGACACUUAAGCGGCCAAGACUCGUGUGGACCCCACAGCUCCACAAGCGCUUCGUCGAUGCCGUCGCCCACUUGGGGAUCAAGAACGCCGUUCCCAAGACCAUAAUGCAGCUCAUGAGCGUCGACGGUUUGACCCGGGAAAACGUCGCCAGCCACCUCCAGAAAUACCGCCUUUACUUGAAGCGCAUGCAGGGUUUGGCCGGAGGUGCCGCCGCCGCCGACUCCGCCACGGACCACCUCUUCGCCAGCUCGCCUGUGCCGCCGCACUUCCUGCACCCCGCUGCCCGCCCGGCCUCUGACCAUUACCUGCCCUUUGUGCCGGGGUUGCAGCAGCACCGCAAUCACCACCACCACCAGCAGCACAUGGCGGUGCCUGCUCAUUUUGGCUCGCCGCGGAAUGCGCACUUUGAACUCCCCGUUCUGUCGAGGAUGGGUGCUUCGGUGCCGGGUUACGUGGAGGAUGUAGAGUCGGGUGGGAGGAAGGUUCUUACUUUGUUUCCAGCUGGAGAUGAUUGAUUGUGAUCGAUGGGUGAUGGCAAGGUUUUAAAUUAUGGGUGGGAUUGUGAUUUAUUAGCGUUCUUUUAUGUUGUAAAAAGUUCCAGACUAAUGUGGUUGAUGCAGUUAAAAUAGUGGUUAACUUCAAUAUAGUUGAAGUUGUUACUGAGAUUGCUGUUGCUUACUGUUUUUGAUGAUAACGAUGGUUUUUUCAUUGUUGUUCAUAGGUAUUAUCUUUGCUUGAACUGUGUUCCGCCCCGUUAAAGUAAUGUUUGAUGGUGCAUUUUAGGUUUGGUUAGGGUCAAGGAUUUUAAGAACUGUCUGUGACCACAAUUUCAGGCUCAAUCCGAAAGCUUUCGAACUCUUUACAACCGCAAUUGAGGCUGCUUCUGUCUGCAAUGAUUGCGAUCUUGACCAGAAGGCAUUUUGAAACCUUGGCUAGUGUCUAAGUAGGUAACUCUGUUCUUUAAGAGAUGUAUCAAUUGGUCAGGCUUAGGUUGAUAAACGAGUGUGCUGUAAUCAUGGGAAUUUUGAAUUCAUUGUACAUUCAGCUGUGACGACCUUCCUAUAGACAAUGGCUAGGCUAUUUGUAAUUAGUUACUUUGUUGGGAGAAAUAAUGUUUUGUUAUUCAUUUUUUGUGUAGAUCAGUAGUUUUGUAUAUGUUGCUUUUCCAGUAGUUGUUGUAUAUAUUGCUUUAUUAGUAGUUUUGUAUAUGUUGCUCUGUCCAUCAGAUCGGCUGCACUCAAAGCAAUCUAGAUUCUACGGUGUUACCAAUUGUGAAGUUUUAUAUCAGCAUUGGCAGGAACAAGUUUUCUAUUUAGGAGGCUGAAGAUAGUAAUAAGUGAAUUGUGCUUUGUGCUGGUUAGAUAUCGAAGGAAGCUAAUCAAAUUGGCCCAUUUUUAGAUACCAAAUGUGCUUUGUUCCCUGUUUCUGGUUAUUUUUUGUCUUUGUAGAAGAAUUAAAUGUGUAAUGGAAAGCUAAUUAAAAUCCAGGUUAUAUUUCCUUGUUGGUUUAA